UCUCUGCACAGAGUCCUUCACCACAAAAUGAAGCUGUUUGUGUUCGCUGCCGUGAUGGCCGUCUGCGCCGCCGCCCCCUCCCAGACGUACGAGGCCCCGCAGGUCCGUGCCGCCCUCCAACCCGUCGCCAGAAUUCUAGAGGAGGACAGCCAGCACGACGGCCAGCAGGGCUUCAGCUUCCGCUUCGUCUCCGACGACGGCAUCGAGCGGCAGGAGCAGGGCUCGGACGGCGCCGUCGCCGGCUCGUACAGCUACACGUCACCGGAGGGCUCCGAGAUCGUCGUGAGCUACGUGGCCGACGCGCUGGGCUUCCGUGCCGAGGGUGCGGCGCUGCCGACGGCCGUGCCCACCGAGUACCCGACGCCCGAGGUGCCGUCGACCGAGGCGGCCCCCGAGGUGCGCACCGUGCAGGGGUACUCGGCUCCGGCCCCUGAGGAGCGCGCCGCCCCCGCCCCCGUCCAGUACGAGAAGGUGCUGGUCGGAUAUCAGCCACGCUACCAGUAAUUUUUGUUUUUAAUGGCAUAUUCCCCUAUCUAACAACCGCAAGAAGUGCGUAAGGAUCACAUUUCAUGUGAGUUAUGUGCUACUUGAAUGAAUGCCAAUACAAAAGUGUGUUUGAGGGUCCUGAUGUCCACGUGCGUCUGUAUUCUGUAUUUAUUGAUUUGUAUCGUCUUUUGUCUUUUUAUGUGUUAUUGUGUCCUGCAACGUUUUUUUGUAUGAUUUAUCACAAGUAUGU